AUGCUUAUUCUCUAUCUCUUACUACUCAUCUUCUCCUUCAGAUCCUCACUCUCCUCCCAAUUCUACGAUACCACCUCGUGCUCCUUGCCGACCCCCUCUCCGGGCUCUCGCUAUGCCUGCAACUCGCCCCUCUCCUCCUCCUGCAACACUUUCAUAGUCUACAGAGCUCGUCGUGGCCUCAACAAUGCCUCAAGCAUCUCAAAAGUCUUCGACGCAGAUUUACAUCAAGUUCUACAGGUAAAUAACCUGGCAGAUUCGUCUGAGCUUCUUGAGGACAACAGAGAGAUCUUACUCCCUAUCAAAUGCUCUUGCUCCUCUGGCUUCUUUCGCUCCGAGCUUAUUUAUACGGUUCCUUAUGUUAUGACAUAUAAUGAUAUCUCUUGUGAUGUCUUCGAAGGCUUGGUUAAGCUUUCUACGCUGUCAGAGGAGAGAAAUUAUGAUCCUGAUAAUGUUAGGAAAGGUUUGAAGCUGAAAGUUCCUCUAAAAUGUGCCUGUCCUGAUGAAAAUGAUACUAGGCAAGGACUUCGGUAUCUUGUUACUUACCCGAUUCAAGAAAUGGAUGAACCAGGACUUAUAGCUGAGAAAUUUGGGAUUUCUCUUGGUGAUUUGUUAGCUCAGAACAGUAUGGUGGAUUCAAACCCAACUUUGUUUACUAAUACUACAGUUCUGGUUCCUCUUAGAGAUAUUCCAAUUAUAAACUGGAAUUUAUCGGAUCCAGGCGACCGAGAUCAUGGCUUCACUCCAUUUUCACCGAGCGAGAUGAUCGACACAAAGGCGAGGAGCAAGAUUUUGUAUGUUAUUGUAACAAUUAUUGGAUUGUUUUCGGCGUUUGUUUUGUUAUCAGGAGUUUCUUUUUGUUGUAGAGCCAAGAAUAGAAAGAGAGGUGUUAAGAUCAAACACUCUUCUUCUCACUCAACUCCUACAUGUUUAUCGCCUGAUAUAAUCGCAGUCAUGUCCAAAUACUCUCUCAUUAGUUACACAACCGAAGAGCUAAGCAAAGCCACAAAUGAUUUCAGCAAAGAAACUCAAUUGGGUUCUUCGGUUUUCAAGGGUAGAAUCGGUGAUAAUGAGCUUGUGAUCAAGAAAAUGGGAUUUGGGGAUGCAAGAAGAACAAUCAGUAUCCAUUCCAAGAUCAAUCACUCCAGCAUCGUUCAACUUGAAGGCGUGUGUUAUGGAGAUGAUGAGUACUCUUCCUCGUUUCUAGUCUUCGAGUUUGCAAGAAAUGGGAGUUUGAGAGAUUGCUUGAAGAAUUCAGCAAAUGCUCUUUCAUGGCAAAAGAGGACUCAAAUUGCCUUUGAUAUCGCUAUCGGUCUUCAUUAUAUACAUCAUUGCACGAUUCCUUCAUAUAUACAUAUGAACGUAAAUAGUAGAAAUAUACUGAUUACCGAGGAUUGGAGGGCAAAGAUUGCAAAUUUAGGUGAAGGAUCGAUCAUCACCAAUUCUUAUGAAACGGUAUCAACGAAAGUUGAUGUGUUCGGCUUUGGAGUUGUUCUUUUUGAUAUCCUGUCAGCUAAGGAGAUCAAAGAUGGGAGUUUGACGAGGCAGAGAUUGGGAUUUUUGCAUGGUGAAGGAGGAGGAGGUGACUGUUUUGAUGAACUUAGGGGAGUUUUGGAUCCAAAUCUUAAGGAUUAUCCUGUCGGUGAUGCUCUCUGUAUGAUUGUUUUGGCUAAAGGUUGUGUUGACAAAAAUCCUAUGAAUCGGCCAUCGAUGAAUGAUAUUUUGAAGAUUCUUGCGAGAAUGGUAAGGUGA